UGGCGCUGUCUUGAAUGACACGGUCGUUGAAUUUACGUAUCCCGCGAAUAAUGAUAAUGCCAAUGUUGAAUCAUCGCAUGACCGUUGCUUUCUUCAUGAGUCUCACGUUUUUGCAACCGGCUAGCGGAUCGAUAUCUUAAACUUGACAAAAGCAUAAAACAAGAUUCGCGAAAGCGGCAUUUUACGUGUCGUUGCGCUUCGAUGAGAUUCCAACCAUUGGGAUGUUUGAUGGCAGGAGGAAAAUGACAUUGUUCGACUUUACGAGGAUAAAUAACGUGAAAGAUUGGCAAGAGAUAUCGGAUACUGUAAGAACAGUCGGAAAAUCGAAAGCCACGCUGGUCUUGCAAAAAACUCAAGUCUUUCAGAGAGCGAUCUUUUUCACUCUUCUCAAUCCUCAACCCAACGGAGCUGGAUUUGCUGGCGUGAGAACCCGAGUAAAUUUAAAUCUGACGGAUUUCGAAACUAUUGUGAUUAAUUGUCGUGGACAGGGGAAAAAUAAUCAUUAUAAGAUUGUCCUUAAGCAUAAAGGGCUUGAUUCAGAUAACGAUAUAAGUUAUGAGCAAUUUUUCCAGGCGCCAAUGUCGAGCGAAGAAUUCUCAACUGUCUCCUUAAAGUUAGAUGGUUUUAAGCCUUAUUACCAUGGUCGAAAAAUACCAAAUGGGGAACCUCUGGACGUGGAAAACAUUACGAUGUUUGGCUUGCAAGUCUUUGGAGGCGUCUAUUUACCUUUUAAACAAAGUGGUGUAUCAGCUUUGGAAAUCGAGACUAUUGUUGCAUCUUAAAUAUUCUUGGUGUUAUUGCGAUAUUUGAAUUUAUAUGAUAAUCAAAUAGUUAUAAUUAGUUUGCUUAAAGGAAUCUCUGUUUAAUCUUAUUAAAAAAUUAUAUCCCUAUGAUAUCGGAAAUAUAUUCUUAUAUAAAAUACUUGUGUAAUCAAAAAG